GUCAGGAUGAUGAUGAACUCUGAGAAGAUGAAGAAGAAACCUCCAAAGGACAGUCUGACUCUGCUGCCAUGUUUCUACUUUGUGGAGCUGCCCAUCGUGGCUUCUUCUAUGGUGUCUCUGUACUUCCUGGAGCUGACCGACGUGGUCCAGCCGGCCCAGGUGGGGUUCCGCUGCCGCGACAGGGAGCUCAGCAUGCCGUACGUGGACGGAGGAGACGAGCUGAUCCCGCUGCUGAUGCUGCUGAGCCUGGCGUUUGCCGGACCCGCUGCCUCGAUCAUGCUGGUUGAAGGUCUCGUCUACUGCCUGCAGUCCAGACUGAAGCUCCGCAGACCCGAAGGAAGCAUCAACGCAGGAGGCUGCAACUUCAACUCCUUCCUGAGGAGGACGGUCCGCUUUGUGGGUGUGCAUGUGUUUGGUCUGUGUGCGACGGCUCUGGUCACUGACAUCAUCCAGCUGUCGACAGGUUACCACGCCCCGUUCUUCCUCACCGUCUGUAAACCUAACUACACUCUUGCCGGAGUCUCCUGCGACAGAAACGCCUACAUCACUAAAGACAUCUGCUCGGGACAUGACCAGCACGCCAUCAUGGCUGCCAGGUGAGAAACAUUCCCUUCCCAGCAUGCAACUCUGUCUGCCUUCGCUGCUGUUUAUGUUUCUAUGUAUUUUAACUCGACCAUCUCCGACAGCACCAAGCUGCUGAAACCCGUCUUGGUUUUUGCCUUCGCCAUCGCAGCGGCGCUGACGGGUCUGACCCAGAUCACGCAGCAUCGCAGCCAUCCCAUCGACGUGUACGUGGGCUUCCUCAUCGGAGCCUUCAUCGCUGCUUAUCUGGCUUUUCAUGCCGUUGCCAACUUCAAGUCCUCUGAUGACAUCUCUUCAGUCCCGCCUCCCUUGCCCCCUAAGGAGGACCCUCUGCGAGCACUGACAGAGCGGGGACAUGAGUCCGUCUACCACAAGGGCCCCGCCUCCGCCUCAGAGAGUAACGAUGAGAUAGCAGCAAAUCCGGCCCCCAUUGACCGGCUGGAGAGCCUGGGGCCCAUGCAGAGGGAGAAGGACUCAAUGGGGAGCCUGAAGAGGGCCAGCGUGGACGUGGAGCUGCUGGCUCCUCGCAGCCCUAUGGGGAAGGAGACCAUGCUGACCUUCAGUAACACACUGCCGAGAGCUAGCAUGAAUGUUAACGGGGUGCUGGGGGCAAACCCAGGACCGGAGGAUCUCGUGCCGGUGCAGCCGGUGCAGCGGCGUCUGAAGGCUGUGCAGGUUCCCAUGGACCCGAUGCGUUCGCAGCAGCUGGUGUCAGAGUGGACGAAGUCCAUAGAGAUGAGAGGCCUGAACGUCCGGGACGAGGUGGACCGUGAGGACGGCUCUGAGGGGGGCUCUGAGUUGGGCUCUGUGGGGACAGAUGAGGGGGGGUCUCAGGUCCCCAUCUACCAGCCCACAGUGCAGUCUGGGAGGGCAGCCUCUAGUCGCAACCCCACACCACCUCCUGGGGGCGCUAAAGCUGUGGCAACUCCCAGACCACCCCAGAUCCCUGAAGCAGGACCCCCGCCGGUGUCCCCAAAGAGUGCCCUGACCCGGGCCAAGUGGCUCGCCAUCCGAGAGAAAACGAGCGGAGAGGGGUCAGCCCGCGGUGCCACCAACCAGCCACGACUCAUGCAGGUCAUCGCCAUGUCGAAGCAGCAGGGCCUCCUCCCCUCCUCCUCCUCGGGGGAGAAAACCUCUGAGACCACCUCCACCUGCUCCGGCACCUCCUCCACCACUGACUCUCCGCACUAUCGCACACCCUCCGAGCAGCAGCGGGAGGGGUUGGGAAUCAUCACGGUGGAUGCCCACGCCCCUCACCAUCCUGUCGUACAGGCCCCACACCCUCCUCAGGUCCCGACCCUCGCAGGCAACGGUAACCCGUGGGAGUGCGGGGCGUCCAACGCUGGCGACCCGCGAGACACUUAUGACCUCAACAGCUUGAACCGGGGAGACUCCGCCGCCCACGGAAGCAGCUUCAGGCCGCACCGAUCCGCCUCGCCACGUGCCGCAAUUGACCCCGACCUGGCCCUGCCCCCACCUCACCCCCAGGUGGAGAUGUCAGCGGAUACUCAGCGCAGGGAGAUGGCCAUGAGACGCAAGACGGCGCUAGUUCUGUUGGAUCGAGAGAUUCGUAACCAGACUGAACAGGAGAACUAUUACAAGAGCUUGCAGGGACGAAGGUUCAAGGAUUAGUCUCACACCUUUCAAAACA